CCUCUCACCUCGCUCUAGCCCCGCCCCCUCCCUUAGCCCCGCCCCCUCUCCGCGGCCAUGUCGGAGGCGGUGCUGCUGCUGCGCCGGGUGCGUGAUGGCAGCGUGGACGCCUCCUCCUCCUCCACCUCCGCCUCCUCCCCGUCUCCUCGCCGCAAGCGCAGCCGCCGCCGCCGCUUCUACCCCGAGCACCGCGUGUACCGCGCGCGCUGCUCCUUCCUGGACCUGAGCGAGGAGCAAGUGCUGCGGCGCUACCGCCUCGACAAAGCCGCCAUCGCCGCCCUGUGCCGCGAGCUGGGCGCCGACCUCGAGAGCCUGACGGGCCGCAGCCACGCCCUGCCCGUGGCCGUCAAAGUCACCUCGGCCCUCACCUUCUUGGCUUCCGGCUCUUUCCAAACGGCCACGCGCCACUCCACCGGCAUCAGCCAAUCCGCCAUGUCCAACUGCUUGGCGCAGUUCCUGGAAGCGCUGCAGCGCCGCGCCACGCGUUACAUCGCUUUCCCCAACGCCGUCGAAGCCGCCGUCGCCGUCACUCCCACCGGAACGUUUCCCGGCGUUUUGGGUUUGGUUGGCGGCAUGCACGUGGCGCUGCGUGCGCCGUCGGAGAACGAGCCGGCUUACCGUAACGCCGCCAACUACCACUCCAUCAACAUGCAGGUGGUGUGCGACGCCGCCGGCGCCAUCACCAACGUCGUGGCUAAAUUCCCCGGGUCGUGUCCCAACGCCGCCGUCCUGGAGAACUCGGCCGUGGCGCGGCUGAUGGAGGGAGCGCGGCCGCACGGCGCCUGGCUGCUGGGUGACCACUCGUACCCCCUGAAGCCGUGGCUGCUGACGCCCAUUUUGGGGGCGCGGGGGGGCCCCGAAGGCCGCUAUAACGCCCUCCACCGCCAGGCCUUGGCUCCCCUUCGCCGGACCCUCGCUCUCCUCCGCCUUCGCUUCCGCUGCCUCGACCGCUCUCGCGCCGGGGGGGGGCUCCAAUACGCCCCCCCAAAAGUCUGCCAGAUCUUCUUGGCCUGCUGCAUCCUCCACAACAUCGCCCUGCGCCGACGUAUGCCCCUCGAGCUCCCCGACGGCUGCGCGCCCCACGAAGGGCCCCCCCAGGACCCCCACCCCGGGCACGGCUCCAGCGAGGCUCGGGCCGUCCGCGCCCGCGUCGUCCAGCAAGUGAGGGACGGCUUGGCGUGA